AUGAACAAUCGUCGAAAUGACGUCCCGGACUAUGGAACCGGAAUCCUCCCGGCGUUACCUCCCGACGUCAACGUUGUGCUUCCAGACCGUGAUCCUAGAAGCAAUGCCGCAACUGCCGCCUCAGCAGCUGGUGUUCGUGCCUUGAGCACUCAACUCAUCGCUUUCUACUUUCGUGCUCCUGCCAAGGCUUUCUUUAGAACGCGUGUGGAUUAUCUGGCUUAUGCGAGGACUAUUCAUCAGGCGCAGACGGAGCUUAUGAUGAAAGCUGCUGCGAAUGACCCUUCUGCUUCUCGACUCAAUGUGUUUAUGCGACAGAGUUGGCUAUUGCUGAGAAGCACGACACCUGGAGUUUUGACGUCGGCUAUUAGACAACAAGGAUGGGGUAUUAUACCGAAUCAGAUUUUACCGCCUCUUAUUGCGAAUGUUGGUGUUGGAGCGGUUCUGUACACGAGUUAUCUCCAAAUUCUAGGACGACUCCAUGAAGAGAGUGGACAAGCGCGGAAGAGGGUGUAUCCACCACCUCAUCCGAUGCAUACCUUCACAGCUGGAUUGCUUGCAGGCGCACUUCAGAGUGUUGUGGCUGCACCCUUAGACGCUAUCCAAGCACGGUAUGAUCAUCGGGAUUUGAUGCCAAACGAUGGCAGCGGGAAACCCCGGAGUAUGUGGGCUUUUAGCGCAGAGAAGCUUCGCGAAAUUGGACUCAGGGGUAUUUUUGCAGGAUGGGGUCUAUCACUCGCCAAAGACAGUCUUGGAAGCGCUAUCUUCUUCAGCACAUUCGAGUACGUCAAGGCUCAAGGCUACUAUCGUUUCGUUACAUGGUACUACGGCGGGCUGGCUGAGGAUAUUGUCGAUGUGCUCGCCAUGAAGCGUCCUACACAUGAACACCAACAAGAAGACGGCAUGAGGCUCAUUCGACCUCAUUAUGCCCUUGAGCCCAUGUUUCUUCUUCUCGGCGGUAUCAGUGCUUCAUUUACUCAGCAGAUCUUACUACAUCCUUUGACGCACUUUCAAGUCAAACACUGGGAUCAUCUUGAAGACCUCGACGAAAAAGCCGCCAAACUUCGUGCUUCCCGAGUCGCAAACCCCGAAAAGCCGCGUCGACGAUGGAGGAUGCUACGAGCCUACUACCACGCAUACCAAGAAUCGCUCGCUGUGUGUCGAGGGGAGGCAGCAGCUGAAGGACUGACCUUGACGAAAUGGUUAUAUCGAGGAUUCUGGUGGAAUGCGAUACGGCAAGUUCCUAGCACGAGUGCGGGGCUGAUCAUCUUUGAGUUGAUACGGCGCAAGUAUGGACUUGGACAGGAAGAAGUGAGAAUUACAAAGGAUGGAUACGACAUAUUGCUUCACUAG